CAAGAUUGCUUGGAAGCGAAUCGGCCAGUCAGCUCGCGGCGAUCUGAGCAUUCGGACGAACUCGACCCGGGCGCUUGCUUUCGAUUACUUAAUUCGCGAUUUCGCGUGGAGAACCUCGAAGGAUGCUGUAGCUGGAUACUGGAUCUCGUUGUACGAGGUUGCGUGUUUCGGGGAUAUUUCAUUUUUUUUUCUCAAAUUUGAGCUGAGCUUGAAAACACAGUGAAAUCUGGGUGAAGAAUAUUCAUCAAAUUUACAGUGAAGUGUUAAGUGAAACGGAAACCAUAUUCAUAGUGAGAUAUUUGAAGGAUCAACGACAGUAAUAAUUUUGAAACAUGGCCUGGACAAAGCAUCAUAAAGUGGAUUUCGGAAUAACUAUGAUUGCAGUACUCGUAAUCUUAGAACUACAACCUGUCCUCGGGAAUGUCCGGGAUCCAAGGUACUACAGCAAUAACAACACCGACAGUCUGACCAGUAGCAUCAACAUCAGCAAAACGAAACGAUCUCACCAAAUAAGCGCAUCAACCCACGGGAGCACCCAAAUGGCGAGGAAUAACCCCUACCACAUAAAUCAUGGCCGCCGGCCCAGUCGAAGCAGCUGGACCAAUGCUGGCGCCGGACGAAUCAGCAAUGGCAACAAUCCGAUCCGGAGAGGCAUUCAAUCAGCGACCGCAAGGAACGAUCGUUAUGGCCCCAGCAAGCCCCCGUCUCAGUACACGUACGAGCACGUCCAAAGUGGAUCGAUAACGCUGCCGAGGGGAAGCAAGGCAUUCCUGGAACCGGACCAGAACAGGACUCUCGCCUAUUCGACGCGGACCGAUGGUGCGGUUCACCGUUCACCGAAGGGUCACAGAAGAAACCAGCAUCACCAUCAACAGCAUCAAUACCGGGCACGGCACAUGGCAGACUGGUCCUCGGCGAACGGCAUAGCAACCACCAGUCAACGACGCUCCCACGAACCCGGCGUCAAGACGGCUGUCGUCAAUGGACUUUGUAUAAGGUGUCCCGCCGAGAAAACCGCAAUCGCUCGGAAAGGCCUAGAUGGAGUGCUGAUCGAGCCCCCGAUGUUGACCACCUGUCGGAAUCAACCGAUUUCGCGGGAUCUGUACGAACUGGAAACACUGUUUGGGGCCAAGUUCAAUUUCAUUUUGCCCCACUCGAAUGGAGGAGGUCCGUAUUCUUUUUUGGCGAAGGUGGUCAAUCGGCGUAGCGGAAAGGUGGUUCAAACUUGUGAUCUGCGCUACAAAGUCGUUGUGAAGCAAUGUGGUCGGUAUCAUCCGAAAAAUAAGGACCUCAAGGUGUUGUGCGACUUGGGGCAUAUUUGGGGCUCCAGGUGCAGCUUCCAUUGUAGAAACGGAGGAUAUCCGAGUCGACAGAAUGCCUACGUUGAGUGCAACGAGGACCAGAAAUGGGAAGGAGAGGAGCCGUUUUGUAUGUACAAUGAUAUCUCCGAUGACUACGCGUACGACAACGACGCCCCGCACGGCACUUCCGACUGCAGCUACCCGAUUCCCCCGAACAACGGCCGAUUUGCGUGCGAAAUGAACAACCCAGAUUCGGACGGUUCCAACGACCUGUACGUCCCGAAUGGAACGAUCUGUCGGAUCAAGUGCAGCGACAACUUCGAAAUUCCAGCACACUUGCAAUCGGUGUCCGCAUUCGAAUGCCACGAAGGUCGCUGGAACUCCACGAUGAAACACUUCUGCCACAAAAAGGCAGCACCCGGUAGCGGACUGCAUCAUCCCAAAAGAAGAUACGGCUAGAGUGCUCUGCUCCACCCAAAGGGAAAAUGGGAGCAGGGGAGGGUCGAUCGACGCCAAUCUUAACACAACGCUUAAUUUAUGCUCUAAACUGUUAAAUAUGCUGUAAAUGUGUGUGCUCGGUAGCUUCUAAGGCCAAGAGAUAGUGGCGGAAGCUUGAUUUAUUGCUCCGCCAAACGGGAGCUGCAGAAUCGAAAUGUGAUCGGUGUGGAUAUGAAUGACAGUCAAAUGACAACCAGGCAAACCAGUUAACGGGUCGUUGAGAGGCAAGGAGCCGGCGUUAAAAAGUGAACAAGAACUUGAGAUCGUAUGGGAGGAAAUUUAACUCGAUCGAAAGGAAGAAAAGCAGCAAACGAAAAAUGUUACAAUUUAUACACAAUCUAAGCCAAUCACGUUGAGAUUUAAUGACUGUUUGAGUAUUUAUAAACCUAGCUUAAGAUAGUGACUACCAUGACGCAGUUAAACUGUUUUGUUAAGGAUCACUUAAAUUUGUUUGUGGAGAAAUGAUAAACAUGGAAAUAAAACAGACUUCAAAA